AUGGCAGACUGGUCGUUGCUUCCAAAAGACUUGCUGGAACUAAUCAGUGGUCGUUCUCAGACAUGUUUUGAGAUUGUUCACUUCCGCUCCGUCUGUAGCUCGUGGCGAUCAGCCAUACCUCGGCCAAGCUAUAGGCUCGGAUUAGGCCUUAACAGCCUUCUCACUGUUUUCAAUCACGAGCCUCGGUUCGAAAGUCAUACGCAGUGCAUACUAAAAAGGAUUGCAGUUUUCCUCUUCAGAUUCCAGACUCCCUUUGGUACUGACUUUCUGUUGAUUGAAGUGACCGACGGAAAAUCAGGUGAACAGAUAUUGAUGUCCCCUUUUCAAAAUAGUGCUUGGAGAUAUAAAGAUGUGACAACACUCAACACUCUAAACUCUCAAAUCAUCCCAUUGGGUUAUUAUUACAAGAUAAACUUCUAUGCUAUAACAACUAUACGCCAUAGAACACGAAGUGAGAGUUAUACCAAGAGAGUUGCGUUUCUUCCUUUGGACGGUAAAGAAUUUGCAGUAGUGGCUGGAGUGUUGGGGGAUUUAAUGAUGUAUAGAAGCUGUGACAAGGGCUGGACUAAACUCAUGGGUUUUUCCUACAAGGUUUUUUUUUCUUUCUUUCGUCCCUCUAGAUCACGAACUGAGAGGUAUACCAAUAGAGUUGCGUUUCUUCCUUUAGACGGUAAAGAAUUUGCAGUAGUAGCUGGAGUGUUUGGGGAUUUAAUGAUGUAUAGAAGCUGUGACAAGGGCUGGACUAAACUCGAGGGUCACGCAUAUGGAGAUAUGGUUUCAUUCAAAGGCAAGUUUUAUGUCGUUGAUAUGAGUGGACAAGGACAUGUUUUUGUUAUCGAACCCUCAUUUGAAAUUACUGAGAUCCAAGCAGUCACAUUGUCUCACGAGAUUUAUGAAGAGAGACUGGUUGUGUCAGGAGAUGAGCUCUUCCUGGUGCAGAGAUUUACUCUAGGAAUGGAUUGUAAUGAGUAUGAGCAUUCAUGGUUUAGAUUGUUUAGGCUUGAAGAAGAUGGCCAGAGGAGAUGGGUUCGUAUUAAUGACAUAAAGGACCGAGUGGUGGUUCUUGGUUGGGACUGGAGUCUCUGCUGCUCGGCGAAAGAGCUUCCCGGUAUGAAAGGAAACUCUGUUGUGUUCAAUGAAGAACGGAACAACCACCAUGAGAGAAUCUUUGUGUUUGAUUUAAAAACCAUGAAGACUAGUAAUGCUUUUACUGAAUGGAGAGGCUAUAUGUUCGGCGAAAAUCAAGAGUCUUUGUUGUCCUGUGGAAUUCUGACGCACCGAAUCCAGAUUCCAGCAGACGGCUUCUAUGACUCAUCAAGUGAAUCUGAAAUAGAACCUCAAUGA